CUUUCACUUUAAGAAAUGAUAUUCUAUUAGGGUGUCGGUUGUUUUAGUUCCUUUUUUAAAUGGGUUUUGUUUUAGUAACAUCUUGGUUUCUGCAGAUCACCGAGGAAGGAGCAUGGAUGAUAUUGUGUUUUCUUGGUCACUUGAAGAUAUUUUCAAUGAGAACUUGUUCCAAGAUAAGAUUGAAAAGAUUCCACAGUCUUUUGACAAUGUCGAGAGCUAUUUUGGAUCAUUUCUGUACCCUUUACUGGAGGAGACAAGAGCUCAUCUCUGUUCUUGUAUGGGCAUCGAUGCUAUAUCAGCUGCGCCGUUUGCUGAAGUGCUUAGUUUUGAAGAAUGUGGGCCGCAUGAUACCGCAUCAUAUGACUGCAAAGUUAAUGGAUGGAAGAAAAGAUCUAACCGUAUCGGCAAGGAGUCUUACAAAGUUUUACCUGGCGAUGUAAUUAUUUUGGCAGAUAUCAAACCUGAAGUUGCUACAGAUUUGGAAAGAAUGGGGAAAUCUUGGACUUUAGGUGUUGUUCAUAAAAUCUCAAAUUAUGAUGAGAGCGAGGAUGAUCACUCCACUUCUUUUAAAGUGAAAGUAUCUGUAAAUAACUCGGAAAUGAUCGACAAAUCGAUGUUUGUGGUAUAUUUAUUCAACAUACUUCCAAUAAGAAGAAUAUGGAAUGCAUUACAGAUUAAUGUCAAGUCAAAGAUCAUCUUGAAAAUUCUAUGCCCCUCUCAAUUGGAUAAUGAAAAUCACGACAUGUCCAGGCUUUUGGAUCGAAAAUUGAACGCCGGUUUUCUAUCGUCCUUGAAUGACUCUCAAGUGAGAGCGGUUUUGUCAUGCCUUAACAAAGUGAGUCUUGUGCAUGAAUCUUCUGUUGACCUUAUAUGGGGGCCACCUGGGACUGGAAAGACGAAAACGGUCAGUGUAUUGCUCUUAAACUUAAUGCAGAAUAGAUGCAGAACUAUCAUAGUAGCUCCAACAAAUGUUGCCAUUGUGGAAGUGGCCUCAAGAGUCCUUAAUUUGGUCAAGGAGCUGCAUGAACUAGAAUAUGGACCCGAUUGUUCAUUUUAUUCUUUGGGAGAUAUUCUUUUAUUUGGAAAUGAUGAGAGGCUCAAAGUCGAUUCAAACGUUGAGGAAAUCUUUUUAGAUUUUCGAGUUGGGAAACUUGUGGAGUUCCUCACUGGUUGGAGGCAUUGCUUUGCAUCCAUGACUGAUUUUCUUGAAGAUUGUGUUUCUCAGUACAAUAUGUUUUUGGAAAAUGAAGUAAAACAAGAUGAUGUCGAUGAUAAAGAAACUGAUGAGAAGGGCUGUGUAAGGGAAGCUAAAGAUGAUAAGGUGGUUGGCAAAUCUCUUCUUGAAUUUGCGAGAGAGAGAGUCGUGUUUCUUGGUUCUCGACUCCGAGCUUGUCUUGCUUUCUUCAUUACCCAUUUACCUAGGAAAUGCCUUUCGGAGCAUGAUUUUAAGGAUGUGACUUCUCUUGUUAAAAACCUAGAUUGUUUUGAAGAUUUACUGUCUCGAGAAUCCCUUGAUUCUGAAGCACUUGAGGAUGUUUUUUCAUCUCCCACUGAUGGUGAAGCUCUUCAUACAUGUACAGAUUUUGCGUGCUUGUUCAACAUGACAAGAAGUGACUGCCUUUCUAUUUUAAAAUCUCUUCAUUGCUCCUUAACUGCACUCAAGCUUCCAAAAGUCACAGACAGACUGUCAAUUGAGCAUUUUUUCUUUCAGAAUGCGACUUUGGUCUUUUCCACCGCUUCAAGUUCGUAUAGGUUACAUUCUAUGUCGAUAGACCCUUUCAAAGUAUUAGUAAUUGAUGAAGCAGCACAACUAAAAGAGUGCGAGUCGUUGAUUGCAUUACGACUUCCGUAUAUCAAGCAUGUUAUACUCAUAGGCGACGAGUGCCAAUUACCAGCAAUGGUUGAAAGCAAGCUUGCUGAUGAUGCUGGCUUUGGAAGAAGUUUAUUCGAGAGGUUCAGCUCUUUGGGCCACCCAAGACACCUUCUGAAUGUGCAGUACAGAAUGCAUCCAUCUAUUAGUUUAUUCCCUAAUUCAAAAUUCUAUUUUAGUCGGAUUUUAGAUGGUCCUAAUGUUACGAGUUUAAACUAUCAGAAGAACUAUCUUUUUAAAUCCAUGUUUGGGCCAUAUUCUUUCAUAAACAUAGGUUAUGGAAGAGAGGAGAAAGAUGAUAUUGGACAUAGUCGAAAGAAUAUGCUCGAGGUGGCUGUUGCUUCGAAAAUAGUGCAAAGUUUGUAUAAAGAGUGGAAAAACUCAGAAGGGAAUCUAAGCAUUGGUGUUAUAUCACCAUAUUCUGCUCAAGUAACCACUAUUAAAGAGAAAAUUGGACACAGAUACGAUAACCUUGAUGGGUUUAGUGUGAAGGUGAAAACUGUUGAUGGCUUUCAAGGUGGGGAAGAGGAUAUAAUUAUUAUAUCUACUGUUAGAUCAAAUACAGGUUCUUCACUUGGAUUCUUAUCAUGUGAUCAGAGGACAAAUGUAACUCUUACAAGAGCUAGAUAUUGUCUAUGGAUAUUAGGGAAUGAUAAAACAUUGUCGAAUAGCGAGUCUUCUUGGGCUCAUUUGGUUCGUGAUGCUAAGAAUCGUGGUUGUUUCUUUAAUGCUGACGAUGACGAGAACUUGGCCAAAGCUAUAUUGGAUAUCAAGGAAGAAUUCAAUCAACUUGAUGAUUUAUUGAAAGGAGACAGUAUUCUUUUCAGAAAUGCUAGAUGGAAGGUUCUAUUCAGUGAUAGAUUUUUGAAAUCAUUCAAGAAAUCGUCAACCAUGGAGAUGAAGAAGAAGAUAUUGAAUCUUCUACUCAAACUUUCCGGUGGAUGGAGGCCCAAAAGGAGGGACUUAAAUCUGGUAUGUGGAAGUUCAACGAGGAUUUUGAAGAAAAUCAAGGUUGAAUGCCUCUAUGUUAUUUGUGCCAUUGAUAUAAUGAAAGAGGCAGCGUACAUGCAAGUUUUAAGGAUUUGGGAUGUGCUGCCGUUGGAGGAUAUUUCAAAAUUGGUCAAACAUCUUGGCAACCUAUUCCGCUCCUACACUGAUGAAUACAUCAAUCUUUGUGAAGAGAUAUGCUAUGAUGAGGGUUUUUUGGAAGUUCCCAAGACUUGGGAAUUCUUAUCAGAGCUUGUACGGUACAAGAGCAAUACUGACAAUUCUAAUAGGGAUGACUUACGAGGCGUUGAUUACAGUGGGAGAAGUUAUGUUGAGAAUUCGAAAGUCAAAGAUAGUUUGUUACUGAUGAAAUUUUACUCCUUAACAUCUGGUGUGCUAAGUCAUUUGCUUUCUGAUAGAGAUGACGUUGAGUUGGAUCUCCCAUUUGAAGUGACAGAGGAAGAACUAGGGAUUAUUCUUUAUCCCAGGAGUAGUUUCAUACUUGGACGCUCUGGAACUGGGAAAACUACUGUAUUGACCAUGAAGUUAUAUCAGAAGGAGAAGUUGCAUUAUUUGGCAGCAGGAUCAUAUGGCGUCGAAGGUGAUGUUACUACAAAAAGUGAGAUUUCAACGAGUACAAUACAGAAAAAUGAAGCUGUUUUGCGGCAGUUUUUCCUCACAGUUAGUCCAAAACUUUGUUAUGCUGUUAGGCAGCAUGUAUCUCACUUGAAAAGCUAUGCCUGUGGUGGGGAUUCUAAGCGAAAGGCUGAUUUUAAUAUGGAAAAUAUGGAUGACUUAGAAACUGAAUUCAUGGAUGUCCCAGAUUCCUUAACCAAUAUUCCAACCAACUCAUAUCCUCUUGUGACAACUUUCUACAAGUUCUUGAUGAUGCUUGAUGGAACUUUGCGCGAUCCGUAUUUUGAGAGAUUUUGUGAUGCAAGACAUCUGUUAUAUGCUCAAACUCGCCGUUCAAGGUCUGUUGCCUUACAAUCUUUUAUCCGGAAGAACGAAGUUAACUAUGAUCGUUUUAGUUCUUCUUAUUGGCCCCAUUUCAAUGCACAACUAACGAAAAGGCUAGACUGUUGUAGAGUGUUCACUGAGAUUAUUUCACAUAUAAAAGGUGAUCCUCGAGCCAUUGAUGCAGAUGAUGGUAAACUAAGUAAACCAGAUUAUGUUCUACUGUCUGAGGGCCGAACAUCCAGCUUAAGUAGGGUGGAGAGAGAGAUCAUAUAUGAUAUCUUCCAAAGUUACGAAAAAAUGAAGAUGAAUAACAGAGAGUUCGAUUUGGGUGACUUUGUUAUGGAUUUGCAUCGUCGCCUUAGAAGUCAAGGAUAUGAGGGUGACAAAAUGGAUUUUAUUUACAUUGAUGAAGUGCAGGAUUUGAGCAUGACUCAAAUUGCUCUUUUCAGUUAUGUGUGCAGAAAUGUUGAAGAGGGGUUUGUGUUUUCAGGUGACACAGCUCAGACCAUUGCUAGGGGGAUUGAUUUUAGGUUCCAGGAUAUAAGGUCUUUGUUUUACAAAAAGUUUGUGCAACCCAACAUAAUUAGUGGAGGUUGUGAAAGAAAAGAUAAAGGAUGCAUCUCGGAGAUUUUUUGUCUAAGUCAAAAUUUCCGAACCCAUUCCGGAGUUCUAAAUCUAUCGCAGAGCGUAAUUGAUCUUCUCUAUCAUUUUUUCCCACAAUCCCUUGACAUUUUGAAACCCGAGACGAGCCUCAUUGCUGGAGAAUCCCCAGUGCUGCUUGAAUGUGGAAACAAUGAAAAUGCAAUAAAAUUGAUAUUUGGAAAUGGAAGUAGUGUUGGCCGCAGUAGUAUGGAAGGGUUUGGAGCUGAGCAGGUAAUAUUGGUACGCGAUGAAUCUGCCCAGAAAGAGAUCUUGAACAUUGUUGGAAAGAAGGCACUUGUUCUUACUAUAGUGGAGUGCAAAGGGCUUGAGUUUCAGGAUGUGCUAUUAUACAAUUUUUUCGGUUCCUCGCCUUUGAAAAAUAAGUGGAGGGUUAUUUACAAAUAUAUGGAGGAACUGGACAUGCUUGACUCCAGCCUGCCUCACUCCAUCCCACAAUUUAGUAUGUCAAAACAUAACAUUUUGUGCUCUGAGCUGAAGCAAUUGUACGUUGCGGUGACUCGCACAAGGCAGAGACUCUGGUUUUGUGAGGAUACAAAAGAGCAUUCUGAACCUAUGUUUGAGUAUUGGAAGAAAAAGUGUGUGGUGCAAUUUCAACAGUUGAAUGAUUCCCUUGCUCAAUCCAUGCUAGCCUCAUGCAGUAAGGAGGACUGGAGAUCACAAGGGCUCAAGCUAUAUCAUGAGGGCAACUACAAAAUGGCAACAAUGUGUUUUGAAAAGGCUGAAGAUGUUUAUUGGGAAAGAAGAUCCAAGGCCUCCGGUCUUAGAGCUUUUGCAGAACAGAUCCACAAUGCAAAGCCUGUGGAAGCAAAGGCAAUCCUAAGAGAAGCAGCAGAAAUAUUUGAAGCAAUUGGGAAGGCUGAUACUGCUGCCCAAUGCUUUUUCGAUAUAGGGGAGUUUGAAAGGGGAGGGGCAAUUUUUGAGAAAUGUGGGCAGCUAGAGAGGGCAGGAGAUUGUUUUCUUCUAGCAAAGUGCUACAACCGUGCUGCUGAUUUAUUUGCCAGGGCAAAUUUUUUCUCUGCGUGCUUGAAUACUUGCUCUAAAGGGAAAUUGUUUGACGUUGGUUUGCAAUACAUUUUAUCCUGGAAACAAGAUGUCGGACUCGAACACCAUGCAUCCAGAAGUAAGGAAAUAGAGGACCUUGAACAAGAAUUCAUACAAAAAUGUGCUCUUCAUUUUCACAACUGCGGGGACAGUAGAUUCAUGAUGAAGUCUGUUAAAAGUUUUCGAUCCGUAGAUUUGAUGCGUAACUUCUUGAAGUCCUUGAAUUGCCUCGAUGAGCUUCUUGUGUUGGAAGAAGAACUGGGAAACUUUUUGGAAGCUGUAAAGAUUGCAGAGUCAAAAGCUGAUCUGGUUCAUGUGGCUGAUCUUCAUGGCAAGGCAGGAAAUUUUAGUGAGGCAUCCACGCUUCUUGUGCGCUACGUCCUUGCCAACUCUCUUUGGUCACCAGGAAGCAAAGGUUGGCCCUUGAAGGAUUUUGAAGGAAAGAAGGAUCUUUUGAGAAAGGCCAGGUUGUUAGCGGAAAAUGACUCUAAAGAAUUAUACGACUGCAUUUGUAUAGAGGCUGAUAUUUUGUCUGAUGAAAAUGGAAACGUGGAAGCUCUGACAGGAUAUCUAACUGCUUCUAGGAACCACGACAGUGUUCGUGGAGAAAUGAUAUGUGUUAGAAAGAUUCUUGAUGCCCAUUUGCAUUUGAAAACAUCAAAAUACACUUGGGAAGGUGAAUUGGUUUCUGAUCUGACCAAGCAUUCAGAAGAAAUGGUUUCAAAGAAUCAGGUGUCCGUUGAAACUUUGGUUUACUUUUGGCAUUGCUGGAAGGAUAGAAUUUUGAAUGUUCUCGAGAGUCUUAGGUGUGUUGGUGUGAACGAUGCGGACCCUUAUGGCGAGUUCUGUUUAAAUUUCUUUGGUGUUUGGAGACUGAACAACAGACACGUGUUGCUCAACUCUGAUGCUGAUUGGGCCAAAAAAGUUGAUGAAAGGUUCGUUCAUAGGAACGGUAAAUUGGUGUCCAUUGAUGUUACCCAAUUUUCAUUAUCUGCCAGGAACUACUGGAGCUUAGAACUGUUUUCUUCUGGACUCGAGGUUUUAGAAAAUCUAGAUCACCUUUAUAAUUUCUCCAACCGUAUCGGUUUCUUGACGUUCAGCCGGUGUAGGCUUCUCACUCACAUGUUUGAGGUUGCAAAACUCCUUCUAGAUAGCCCAUAUUUGGAACAUAGAUACUAUGAUAAACAGCAGUUAGAGAGAUUCUGUAAGUUGGCAUUAUCGGAAAUCCAAACUCAUUUAUUUCCACCAGAUUGUGUAGUUUCUUUGAAGGAGAGUGUGAUAUCUCUACGAGUUACUGGGGUUUAUCGUAAUAUGAUGAAUGAAAUUGUGGCCGAGAAGGUUAGCUUACAGAAUCAACUAACUUAUGGCCGAGUUGGAAGCGUUGCAAUGCUUAUUCUUGGAUCUGGCAAACUCGAUAAGAAGUUGUGUGAACAAAUAGCAGAAUGGUCAAAGGAGAAUCCUCCUUGGAGUGCAUUCAUUCAAGAGCUUUGCAACAGUAGGAGCGCAGAGAAUGAAGCAAGGAGGAACCCCGCAAAAGAGAUAUCUCUUGUGUGGAGGUUUCAUGAAGCUCUGAGGGACACGUACAAUACGAACUGGGUCCACAUGCGGGAUUAUAUUUCGCCUUUCUGUUUCAUGUACCUGGUCGAAAGGCUUCUGAUUAUGGUAUCAUUCAUGAAAGGGGGACACCUUAUCACUACAAACUCCUCUUUUCUUGAAUGGCUCAUCUUCCAUGAAGGAAAUUCCGAUAUAAUUUCCAUGUUGGGAGCUCAAACACAACAUUCUUUUCAACCGACGCUUUUGUUUUUGGCUCAAAUUCAUCAGGAACUUCUUUUCGACAGGAGAGCAACAAUGGAGUGGUUGAAGAAGACACAUACAAACUUGAACUGCUAUCCGAUACUGGUAAGGAGGUUGGUGGUUGUCACAUGUUUGCUUCAUCUGAACUUUGGCAUUUGCUUCGAUGUACUUCGCAAUCUGCUUGGUCGCAACUACAUCACUGAGCAUUUACCCACGGAAUUUUGCAAUGUGCUUAAGGGAAACAAAAGUUUUUAUGUACCAACUGAUAACUUAAAUAUGAUUGCCGGAUUCUUCAAGGGAAUUGGAAACCCAAUGGUUAUUGUGAGUUUGGAUGGAAAUUUCCAACAACUCACUUGUAGAGAUGCAACUACUGUCAACUUGAAUGUCAGUCGUUGUAUGGAUGAUGUACUGAAGGCUUUAUUCCCAAAGGAAGUUGAAAGUUCGCAACCUCGAGUCGAAGCUCCCAAAGGGCAAGAUGUUGGUAUAACAACCAGCAAAAUGGUAGCAUCGAAAGUGGGAUGCAUGGCUAUUCCAUCCUCUUCUAGCUUGGCUUUGGAUGAAAACAAGAGGAUGAAAUCUAAUAAUAGUGAAAAUGAUGGAUAUUCACCCAAGUCUGUUGGUUUUUGGGAAAUGUUUGAAGCAUUGAGAAUGUUGGAGAAUGAAAUGGAGGGGAAGAGCAAUCUGUCAAACGCCUUUCAAAUCAAGAUGGAUGUGGAGAGAUGGGUUAAGCAUUUAAGUGCCGCAAGAAGCAAAGCGGAUGAGGAGAUUCGUUUUGAAGUAGUGGAUGGGUUGGUUGUGGAAUUAAAUUUACUAUCUACUGCUUUAAGCAUGAGCGAUCCCAAGGAAAAUGUAUCUCAAGUGGUAUCGAUAUCAAAGAGCGUCUAUUCGAGGAGGAUGGAGUUGGAGCCUAUCUUGAGUGAACUACUACUACUACUACUACAUGAUGAUCCUGAAGUGGAAGUGGAUCAGAGGUCGAUUGAUGAUCAAGAUUGUGAAGGAGGAAAAGCUGAGGCUGUUUUGGAUAAGAAGGGGAAAGGGAAAGGGAACGGGAAAGGGAACGGGAAUGGGAAAGGGAAAGGGAAGUCAAAGAACAACAAGAGGGGAAAGGGUCGUAGGAGUUGAAUGAUAAUGCAUGGCUAUUCCUAACGUGGGGGAAGUAUUUAGUUGAGUUGCUGUGAUAACUGAUUUAAUUAACUUAUUGAAUAUAUUCAAGA